GCAGAUUUUGUAAACGGCAGACUCAGCGCGCUUCUCGGCUUCUGAGCUGCCAUGAAAACGCAGCAUUUGAACCCCUUCGGCCGCCAAAACUUCGUUUUCUUACUUAGCAGCUUCUGAGUUUUGAGCUCAGGUCACUCCCUCUUCUCCAUUCUCUCAAAUUCUUAGUCAAUUUUGAAGUGUUUGGAUUGAUUUCUUGUUUCUUUUCUUGUUAAUCUCCCAACCAAUGCUCAUUUUUUCGCUUUUCUCCUACUGAUUUUUCACAUAUUUUUAGCACCUCAGUAUCCACCUAGCAUGAAAACCAAACCCCAUGUUUGGAUCAAGCUGAGAUUUCUAUUCUCAGUUUCAAGUAGUUUUUUCAAUCUAAUUCCCAAAACCCCAGUUGCAAAAACUAGGGUUUGGGCACCAGUUGCUGCAAUUAGCACCAUUACUGCAUCGGUAAACGAAAGCCCAGUUGCAAAAAAUAGGGUAUGGACACAAAUUAGUAGAACUGCCGCCACUACAGCAUUGAUAAACGGAACCCCAGAUGGAAAUUUGGUAGAAGUGAGGGAUGAUCACCCCAUAAACUCUACUGAUGUUUUUAGGAAAUGGGGUUGUUCGGAUAGUGAAAUAGCUAAGAUAUUUGUGCGUAGGCCAUCUCUGCGCAGGGCAGACCCCAACCUAAUUCAAUCCAAACUCAAUGUACUCAGUUUGUUGGGACUGGCCUCAGCUGACCUUGUAAAGAUUAUCAAUUGUCGCCCCCGGUUUUUGAGUUGUAGAAUCAACCGGUGCUUUGAUGAGCGCAUUGAAUUCUUCUUAGAGUUGUUUGGAUCGAGGGACUUCCUUCGUAAAGCCAUUGUUAGGAAUCCAUCGCUGUUGAUUUAUGACCUUAAUAGUAAGAUUAAACGUGUGGUUGAGCUCUAUGAAGGAAUGGGUGUUGCUCGAAAGGACUUCAUUUUGAUGGUAUCGUCUAGGCCUACUAUGAUUUCACGAACUUCGUUUAAUGAUGAGAAGUUGGAGUAUAUUAGGAGGACUGGAGUUUCCAAGAAAUCAAAGAUGUACAAGUAUGUGGUUGUUCUCAUGGGAAUCUCACGCCUUGAAACAAUCCGAGAGAAGGUGGGAAACUUGGAGAAGUUUGGCUUUUCAGAGGAUGAGGUGUUGGGGCUAUUUGGGCGGUCUCCACUUGUGUUGACACUCUCUGUUGAUAAGGUUCAGAGGAACAUGACUUAUGUUUUGGGCACAAUGAAGUUGCCUGCCAGAGCAGUCCUUGAUUGCCCCUUUCUGCUGUACGCUAAUUUGGAGGUUGUGUUGAAGCCACGUUUUCUUCUUGCAGGGAAGAUUGAAGAAAUGGGCCUGGCUCCUCAAAUCAAAGGACCUAAAUUGUUCAGGGCAUUGAGGAUGAAAGAGGAUAGGUUCUUGGGGGCAUUUGUUACAUGUCACCCAGAGUCUCUCUCUAAUGCAUUAAUGGAAUACUACAGAAACAUGAAAGGUCUCAAGCGAUUAGCUGUAGCUUCGAAGAAGAACUUGCGUCAAGGAUUCCCUUUCUGAACAGUUCUUUACUGCCAGGUGCUCUUUCUUUUGUUGAAACUGAAAACUUUGAAUGCACCAGCUUUGUGAUUUUUGUAACCCAUUCCAUCAUUAUUGUUGCCCUCUCUCUCUCUCUCACACACAUUCUCUUUUAGGGCUCUAUUUAUUGCUUUGUUUUAUUAUCUUUGAGAAAUUCCUGUACCUCCGGACGGUGCAGAGAAUGCCCUGAGAACUCAUUUCUUCAAGGUACAUGUUCUGCUAGAUGUAACCCCUGUCAAGAAGUGGAAGGAUACUACUAGUUUUACUAAUUUGGUUAAGAAUAUGAUUCUUGGUCCUGGA